GCAGCAGUGCGUCGCGACGCUGGCUGCCACGCGGUUGCCUAUCAAUCUUUUCUCAUUGUCGAUUCUUCCUUCUAGCAAAAUUUAGUGACUUACAUGCAUCGGCUAUCGACCGUCUAUCGAUCCUCCUUCGCUCCUCCUUCCACCCUCUGUCAUCCGUUUAUCUCGCCAUUCACGAAAUAUCUCGUAAAAAUCCGUGCCAGUCAUCGUAGAUAUCAUCGCGAUAGUUCGAUUUUCCUCUCCUUCUACGUUCCCUUCUCCCUUCCAUUUUUUUCUUUACCUUCUUCUGUCGAUCUUUUCUUUCCUUAAACGACAACUCGUCGGCUACGUUUCGACGAAACGGUUUUUCCGCCAUUGGCUUAUUCUCUCUCGUUGCCUGUAAAUAAGUGACAAAGAAACGCUAAUUCCGUAAAGGCGGCCACCUUUCUCUCUUUCUCUCGUUCUUUCUCUUUCUUUCCUUUCUUUUUAUGCGAAGUGUCAGUGAUAGUAGAUGGUGAAUCCAGUGUGAAGUGAAUAACUAUUUCUUCUUUCUCUUCUUCUUCGUAUUCCGUGUCAUUGGAAUACCUUCUUUCACUUCUUCUACUUCUUCUUCUUCUCCUUCUUUCUUCGCCAGAAGAUGUAAACGUGCAUAAUCUUCUCGAAUUGAUCGAUCCAGCUGCACUUUCAUCACUAAUCUCGAUGAGGAUCUAGGAUACUGACUGCGCUUCAUUCUGUUCCAUCGAUCGGUGGGCAUGGAAAGAAGAGACAUGAUCUUAACAGCAGUAUUUGGAACAGUCGGAGCUUUAGCAGUGAUCGUCGCUUUGGGUUUGGCAGUGUGGUUCUAUCUCCGUGCGAGAAAAUCGAAACAGCGCGAUGACGAUCUCGAGGAUCCGAACGAGCACAGCGACGGUGGUACAGGUCAUCAAACGCAGUCGACGAAGAAGAAUGGUUUCUUAAAUCUGAAGACAUGUCUUAUCAGCACAAAAACCCUUGGAGCGCAGUUGGAAACAACCGGUAGCCCGGCAAGCAAAACACCAGCCGGCGGCAGUGCUGGUCCUGCUAGCAGUGCAGGUGCAAGUGCAACCGUAGCUGCUCCAGGUAGUGCAAGUAAUGUCGGUCCAAGUGCCGAACCACGUACUCCAACGGCUGGACCGCAAAACAAGCAGCUCCAAAAUGUUAAAGGAGAUCACCCCUCGAAAGCCUUUCUGCAAAGCAGAUCCAUCUCCUUGGUCGACAUGUACAUUGAUAAUUCGGAACCCAGCGAAAGCGUCGGCCAAAUUCAUUUUAGCCUGGAAUAUAACUUCCAGAAGACUACGCUCAUUCUAAACAUCAUACAGGGUAAGGAUCUACCCGCAAAGGAUUUGUCUGGGACGUCUGAUCCGUAUGUACGCGUGACACUACUUCCUGACAAAAAGCAUCGUCUCCAGACAAACAUCAAAAGACGCACAUUGAAUCCGAAAUGGAACGAGACGCUUUAUUUCGAAGGUUUUCCUAUUCAAAAGUUGCAAAGCAGAGUACUGCAUCUUCACGUCUUCGAUUACGAUCGAUUCUCAAGGGACGACUCCAUAGGAGAAAUUUUUCUACCACUUUGUCAGGUCGAUCUAUCGGAGAAGCCAUCAUUUUGGAAGGCUCUUAAACCACCGGCUAAGGACAAGUGCGGAGAACUUUUGUGUUCGUUGUGUUAUCAUCCGAGUAAUUCGGUGCUUACGUUGUCUCUCUUGAAAGCGAGAAAUCUCAAGGCCAAAGACAUUAACGGGAAAUCAGAUCCUUACGUCAAAGUCUGGCUACAAUUCGGCGACAAGAGGAUCGAAAAACGCAAAACACCGAUAUUCAAAUGCACUCUCAAUCCUGUAUUCAACGAAACGUUUGCGUUCAACGUACCAUGGGAAAAGAUCAGAGAGUGUUCACUCGACGUUAUGGUCAUGGAUUUCGAUAACAUAGGACGUAAUGAACUUAUUGGCCGCAUACAACUCGCAGGUAAGAACGGAAGCGGGGCGAGCGAGACGAAACACUGGCAGGAUAUGAUAACGAAACCAAAACAAACUGUAAUACAGUGGCAUCGUUUGAAGCCCGAGUAAAUAAUCAGCAAGGAGAAUGAUCUUUGCCGAUCGUAUGUACGAGCGAAUUCGGCCUCCGAGGAGAAACGAUUCGUCCGAAGGGGGAUCGUUCGAGGAUAAUGACGAUAACUACGACGACGACGAUAAUGACGACGAAGACGAACAUGAAGACGACGAUGACGACGACGAUGACAAUGACGAUGAACGCGUUUCGAUCGAUCGUUUCGUAUGGAAAAAUCCAAUCUAAAAAUAAAAGAAAAAAAGAAAGAAAGAAAAGCGAAAAACAACGUCAGGGAAAAAACGACGUAUCCUCGUCGAUAUAUAUAUAUAUAUAUAUAUAUAUAUAUAUAUAUAUCCAUUUGUCGCGGAUAUAUACACUGAUAUACAUAUGUAUACGUACACACUUAAAAUAUGUAUAUCCGUAUAGAAAAAUUCCAUACAAACGUUAAUACACACAAACAUACACACCACAUUAUUGGACACGUUCACACUUAUAUAUAUAUCAUAUGUAUACUAGGAAUGACGCAAAGAAGGGACGAACGAUAAAAAGAAAAUUCCCCGAUAAGGACAAGUUCAAAACGAUAGAAGAAGAGAGUGCGUUUAAAGGAUAUAUAUCGUAAGGAGUGGAUGAAUAUGUACGUGCGUGCGUGGCUGUGUGUAUGCGAGAGAGUAAGAAAGAGAGACAUAGAGAGAAUGAACGAUCCUUAAUCGCGACGUUAAUUGACAUUGGUCGUGGGUUGCGAAGUAAGUUUCUUCGAUCGACUGUUCCCGAGAGAGCAGGAUCAAGAGAGAGACAGAGAGAGAGAGAGAGAGAGAGAGAGAGAGAGAGAGA